AUGGCCAAAGGAAAGCAUUCGCAUACCCGAGCACAAGGGAAGAAGUGGUCAACAUUCUCAUUGGUUCUGCGGGCGCUUUUCUUCCUCACACUCAUCCUCGUCUCACUCCUUGCUCCCAGCAUUGUUUAUCUUCCAACUACGGAUGACAAUUUUCCAACCACGGAUCUCAGCACCUUCAGGCGCAAGACCUCUCAAAGUGGCGAGAGUUUGGUGGAAAACUUGGAGCAGUGGACCGAGAUUCUCUCCUGGGAGCCAAGAGCGUUCAUCUAUCACAAUUUUCUGGUGUUUGGUACCCUAGAUGAUGUUUUGCAGUGGGCUCGAUCCGUUGCUCAUGGAAACAAAUUUGUGGAGGUCAUUAUGAGGUCUGACACAAACACUGGUAGUAGAGAAAGGACUUCAUUUGUGUUAAUUGGUUGUGAAAGGAGUGAUCAGUAUAGGUCUAGGAAGAAAGAUUUUGUUAGAAGAGAUACUGAGAGUAGGAAAUGUGGGUGUCCCUUCAAGCUUCCUGGGAAACCAGUGGUUGGAGGGAAAUGUUAG